CGCCCCGGGAGCCGCCCGCGGUCCCUCCCCGGAGAGCCGCCCCCCCUCCAGCGGCCCCGAGAGCUCCCGCGUCCCCGCUGCCCGGAGAGCCUGACCCCCCGCCCCCAGAGCUGCCUGUGCCGCGAGAGCCGCCCGCCUCCAGGCCCCAAGCCGCCCGGAGAGCCGCGGUCGAGCACCGAGCCCGCAGCGGCCGCGCCUGAAGAGCAUGGAAGGGCUUCAGAGGAGCAGAUACGGAACGAUGGCUGAAGGCAGAGACGAAGAUAACUGGUUUGCAACACCACCCUCCCUGAGGAUCAUCCUGGUGGGCAAGACAGGCAGCGGGAGAAGUGCCACAGGGAACAGCAUCCUCUGCCAGCCGGUGUUCGAGUCCAGGCUGGGGAACCAGCCUGUGACCAAAACGUGCCAGGGGGAGACAGGGACCUGGAACGGAAGGGGCAUCCUGGUGGUCGACACGCCCCCCCUCUUCGAGGCAGAGGCUCAGACCCAAGAGCUGUACAAGGCCAUCGGGGACUGCUACCUGCUGUCCGCCCCGGGGCCCCACGUGCUGCUGCUGGUGACCCCGCUGGGGCGCUUCACCGCCCAGGACGCGGUGGCCGUGAGGAGGGUGAAGGAGGUCUUCGGGGCGGGGGCCAUGAGGCACGUGGUGGUCCUGUUCACCCACAAGGAGGACUUGGCGGGCGAGUCCCUGGACGAUUACCUGGCGGACACGGACAACCACAGCCUGAGGAGCCUGGUGCAGGAGUGCGGGAGGAGGUACUGCGCCUUCAACAACAGGGCCACCGGGGAGGAGCAGAGGGAGCAGCUGGCCAGGCUGAUGGCCGUGGUGGAGAGGCUGGAGAGGGAGACAGGCGGCGCCUUCUACAGCAACGACCUCUUCUUCCAAGCCCAGCUGCUGCAGCGAGGCGGGGGCGGCACCCGCGGGGCGGAGCUGGAGGGCUACCUGGCCAGUGUGCGGGUGCAGGUGGAAAAGCAGAAGCGAGACCUGCGAGGUCCCGGGAGUACCUGGGCCUGCCCGGCGCUCCUUAAAAUCACAAAGUGGAUGCUUUCUCAUAUCGGGAUUUCUGCGGUCCUUAUUAUAUGCCUUUUGAUUUUCCUUGCCACUUUAAUUAACCUGUAUAUUACUCAUGGGCACUGAGCCUUUUCAGGUGAUUGCUGCAGUCAGCUGGUUUGUGUGUUCAGAGUCACCAUCUCUGGGCCAGAGCCUUUGAUUUUUUUUUACCUAAUGUCACGUUCCAUUUCUGUCCAUCACAUCUGGACACGCUGUCCAUUUUCUUCAAGCCUUUUAGGUAAAUAAAACCCAAAGGAAAAAAAAUAUUUUUCUUUUUUGUUUUGUUAAGAAUUGUGAUGGUACAAGAGAAACUGUCACGAAGUGGUUGGGACGUGCAGGGAGGCAGGUGGCGGGGGGCGAAGCCAUGGGGAUGUGCCACCUCUGGGCCCUGCUUCAAGCCGUUGUGCUGUUGAGGGGAGACACGUGUGUUAUAUUAAAAGCUGGUGACAGAAUGCCUUAUUUUAUUCAGAAACAUGCUCUGAUUUCAUCAGAGUUAGUCAUAAAAGCUGACACCCACCCCCCUAACCCCUGGGAGAAAGAAUGAUGAGGAGAGGUAAGGGCCAGUUCCUGAGACCCGAAGAGGCCCUGGAACAGGUACAGGAGGGGGUCAUAGCAGCACGAUAGGGGCUGAGCCUCAGGAAAAGCAGUCACUAGGAAAUUAUCAGUGGCUGAGAAAACAAAGGAACUGUAAUUUCUUAGAGUAGGGGUGGUAGGGCUGGAUAGUGAAUAAAAUUUUAGGCUUAAAAAUGGUCUAUAGUUG